CUCACACCGGAAGUUGUUCUGCUUUCAUUUUUGCGAAAGUUGACGAGUCACCGGCGUGACAAAAAUAUUUUAAAGUAACUUCUCUAGUUAACUUUCAACAUGCCUGUCAGUGAUCCGAACAAAAUUUCUAAAGUUGUUGUCCAUCCCCUAGUUCUUUUAAGUGUGGUAGACCAUUUUAAUCGUAUGGGAAAGGUUGGAAAUGCAAAGAGAGUUGUCGGUGUUUUGUUAGGCGCAAACAGACAAGGGAUUCUGGAUGUUUCAAACAGCUUUGCAGUUCCCUUUGAUGAAGAUGAUAAAGAUAAGACUGUAUGGUUUUUGGACCAUGACUACUUGGAAAACAUGUAUGGAAUGUUCAAAAAAGUCAAUGCUCGUGAGAGAAUUGUGGGAUGGUAUCACACAGGCCCAAAGCUUCACCAAAAUGAUGUAGCCAUCAAUGAACUUCUGAGACGGUACUGUCCCAAUUCUGUAUUAGUUGUUAUAGAUGCCAAACCUAAGGACCUAGGUCUGCCCACUGAGGCCUACAUAGCUGUAGAAGAAGUCCAUGAUGAUGGGACCCCCACUAGUAAGACCUUUGACCACGUGCCCAGUGAGAUCGGGGCCGAGGAAGCAGAAGAAGUAGGAGUGGAGCAUCUUCUAAGAGAUAUCAAGGAUACCACAGUAGGAUCUCUCUCACAAAGAAUCACCAAUCAGCUGAUGGGUCUAAAAGGUCUCCACGGCCACGUAAACGAUAUCAAUGGUUACCUCCAGAAAGUGACGUCCAAACAACUACCUGUCAAUCAUCAGAUUAUCUACCAGUUACAGGACGUGUUUAACCUACUUCCUGAUGUUAACCUACAAGACUUCGUUAAAUCAGUUUACGUUAAAACCAACGAUCAAAUGUUAGUGGUGUAUUUGGCUUCCCUCAUUCGUUCCAUUAUUGCUCUACAUAACCUCAUCAGUAAUAAGAUUCAGAACAGAGAUGCCGAGAAAAAUGAAGGGAAAGACUUGUUGAAGGAAAAGAAAAAGGAGGCAAAAGAAUCGGAAAAGAAAGACGGAGAAAAAGAAUCUGAUAAAAAAGAAACGGCAAAGGCUGCAAAGAAGUAGUGGAAUAUGUUUAAUUUUCUGUAUUACAUGCAAAUCAGUUAAAAUUUGCACUGAUAUAAUUGAGAGAGGAAACAAAAAUCAUUUAAGAUAUCUUCUUAUUGUGCAAAGAUAUUUUUUGUCAGUGGACAUAGAAAAAGUGACAAGAGUUGUAUGUUCUAAACAUAUGGAUCUGAGUUAUUUCAGGUGUAGAGCAAAAAUUUGAUGAUAACAAACAUUUUAUUACAACCUUUGUGUAUAUAAUUAGAAUAAAUUGACAAAGAAUUGUA